AUGAGGGACACAGGCUACCAUGACGAGGAUGAUCAUGAUACUAACUAUAAUUUUGACUUCCCCAAUUUCGUGGCAGUAAUCCCAGAUUGGCCUUCGCCAAGCGCCCAGCAGUUCGCAGAGAACUACUGCAAGCAAGCAUUGCAGAACUCCAGCAUGUCAGCGUUUUGUGCUGAACAAGGAAACGUGGAUAUCUUCAGUACCCUAUCACAAUGCGUGGAAGACAUCAAGCUGACUGGUGACCCGGAUUGGGCAUCUUCUGCCUUGAACACCAUGGAACAGCAGUGCAGUAGCGCCGUCUUGGCAAAUGUCAGCAUGUUUGAAGAGAACGAGAACGGGACAUUGACUCCACCGCAAGCCUUUGUUCAAAAGUUGUGUCUAAACCAAUGCAGUUUUAAAGGCAUUUGCGCUGAUGGCGAAUGCAUCUGUAACGAUGGCUGGAUCGGCAAAGAUUGUGGAGUCGUUGCUGAUACUGCGCCCGUGGUGUGGGAUCUCAAGAGAGGCGGUCUUUGCGACAUUCGCCAGAGGCCGUGUGAAAAGGUCAACGUUUUCGGCAAAAACCUACUCAAGUCUGAGAACUUGACAUGUCGAGUAGCUGAAGCCUCGUUUCAAAAUGGCCAAUGGACAAAAAGCGGAAUAAGCUUCCAGACAUCUGCUUCCUUCGAAAGCUUCACAGAAAUUGCCUGCUACCUACCACCACCCAAGGUUCAACCAAACAGGUACCACUUACCUGGUGACGGCACUCCAUCUUAUGGGCUGUAUAUCUCUAUUAGCAACGAGGGUGUGUACUUCAGCGACGAACUCUUGCUGAUCAUCUAUGAUUCGGUUUGCCAGAACUGUGUAGAGGAUAGCGCUUGCUCUCUGAAGGAUGGGUCUUGCCUUAUUAGAGGCUACUGCUUUCAAGACCAAGACUCAAACCCAGACGAUUGGUGUCAACAGUGCUUGUCAAGUACAAAUACAUCCGAAUGGAGUAGAAGGGAAGUGAAUCAGCCUCCGUCAAUCCUUUCAUCAGGCAACAUCACUAAGGUGCAAUCUGACUCCUUUACCGUAAUGAUUGCCGGACAUGACCCAGAGGGUCGUCCAAUGUCAUUCUCGGCCAGCCAAAAUCUUCCGCAUGGUCUAUCGCUCAGCCCAGACGGUUUCCUAACCUGGAUCUCACAUGGUCCAGAUACCUUUGCCAUGGAUAUCAUCCUUACAGACCAAUGUGGAGCCCAAGACGUGCAAGCGUUUACCUUCUCAACCAUCCCAUGCCCGUGCAACAAUAACGGAGUGUGUGUGCCUUCUCCCGGCAUGCCUAUAGGGGAGGGGCACUACGACUGUCUGUGCCAGCCUGGCUUUACGGGACCACGUUGUGACAUAAACACGAAUGAGUGCCAGUCCUCUCCUUGUCAAAACAACGGCACAUGUAUAGAUCUGGUAAACUCGUUCAUCUGCAACUGUCCUGUUGGUUUUAUCGGGGAAUAUUGUGCCACUUUCGAUGAAUGUUCUUUGAACCCAUGUUUCCCAGGAGUCCAGUGUCAAAGUACCAACGCUGGUCAUGCUUGUGGGGACUGCCCUCCUGGUUAUCAUGGAGAUGGCAUGACAUGCACACAAUUGCCAUCAUCCUGCAACAAUAAAUACCACCAAAUGAAGAACAGUGGGGAGUUAGCAACGGAUGGUAUCUACAUGAUCGAUGUCGAUGGACAGGCUACACCGGUGUACUGUGACAUGUCCCGUGACGGUGGGGGAUGGACCCUGAUCGUGACGAGCAAGUCGAUGGCAGGCUGGGAUAAAGGAAACGUCCUGUCAUAUAAUGAAGGAACGCCUACAACAGACGCAGACUACUCAAUUCUUGGGAAAGCUGACCGAAUCAAAAUUUCAGGCGCAUCCACGAAUGUAGUCCAGGUAAUGUGA